GACAUCAUAGCCUGUGAUCACAUACUAACCACCAGCUGUUGUUAUUUAAAUGAUGCCCAUAUUGUUGUUUGAUAUACAAUUCAGGUUCAAUGUUUGUCAAACAUUUACUAUUUCUUGGAAGGCUUCAUACAUUUCCCAUGGCAAGUUGCAUGAAUUCAUAUGGUAACCUAUUAGGGAUGUUUAUAAAAAUAGAGGAAAAAAAAUAACAUCUGUCAUUUCUAUAAAAGGCCUACCGUAUCAUAUUGCAUAUUGCAAUAAAAAUAAGUCAUCAUAUUUUCCUGCUUGAACUUUUAUCACUGUGUACGUCAAACAGCCUGCGCUGAUUGCUUGCAGAAUUCUACCUACAUCAUGCAGGCUUCAUAGGAAAAAGAUGUGAGACAUGCACAGCAGCAGACUCCCCCUUUUUUUUUUUCUUUUCACUAUGUCACCAAAGUGAAUUCCUUUAAGUAAAAAUAAAUAUGCUUUGUGAUCCAGUCCUGCAAUGCUAAGCUAGCAAUCUCAUUUGCAGACCCUGUACUUAAAGAAGCUAUGGAAACAAACAACUCUCUCUCAUCACAAUUAUUAAAGUGCUACUUUUGUGAUAUCUUAAAGAUCAAGAUGCACAAAAUAUCCUAUCUUCAUCUCUUUUACCUGGGCAUAUGUCUACUCACUUUAACCCACUCAGCAGCUGCUGGCCAAGAGACCCUCUGCGGUGCUGAGUUAGUGGAUGCUCUUCAGUUUGUGUGCGGAGACAGAGGCUUCUUUUUCAGUGGAAGAAAAGCCAUGAGGCCACAGAAAAAACAACUCUUGACUGCCCCUAUGAUGAAAAAGAGGCUGAAUUGGGCCAAAAAAUAUGCCAAUUGGACCAAAAAUAACUGGAAGAAGGUGCUGCUCUCAGACGAGACACACUUUCUAGUGCAGGGCCAGCGAUCAAAAUUAGUUCGUAAGAGGGUGGAUGAAAAUCUUACUGCAGCCUAUAUUGUUCAAUCUGUCAAACAUCCAGUUAUGAAGAUGUUCUGGGGCUGUUUUUCGUACUCGGGACCUGGCAAACUUAUUCCAGUAGAAGGAAUGAUGAAUAGUGAAAAAUAUAAAGCAAUGCUAGAUCAAUGUUGGGCUCAGGAGCUGGAGAAAGUGCAAGCAAACGGCAAUGAAAUGUUCCAACAAGACUCAGCUCCAUGCCACAUUUCUAAGACUAUGGUAAAAUAUUUCAAGGACAAGAAGAUUAGCAUUUUGGACUGACCUGGAAAUUCACCAGAUCUCAAUCCUAUUGAGAAUUUAUGGGCGAUCUGCAAGGCCAAAUUACAAAAGAUGGACUGUACGACGAAAAACAAGAUGGUGGAAGCAGUAAUUCAGGUGUGGUUUCGAGAGGAGGCAAUCAAGAAUGAUUGUAAAAAUCUAGUUGACUCCAUGCCGAGCCGAGUUCAAGCCGUGAUUACAGCAAA